UCACUAUGGAAGGAAGACAGCUAAGCGGUGUAUCCAAAUUACAUUUUGUGCUCAUCUUCUGGAUAUCUACAAUACAUCUAUGGUAUCAGCCUGGACUGACCCUGAUGUCCUCCGGGAAAUCGGACCACUGUCUCAUCCUGCUCAACAGUUGCUUAGUUGAAGCUGACCAGAGCGAGGAGGUCGCUUUACUGAAGCCACUACUGGAGAAGUCUUUUAUAAAGAGGUCCUUCCGGAAUGGCGUUGGAUCAGGAUUUAAAAAAAAUUCCUUCAGAAGGGCAAAAUCCUAACAAAGUGUUCUCACAAAGGCCCAUUUCACAUACUGGAAAAAAUAUUUUUU